AUGAAAGAAAGCUUGUAUGACAGAACAGAGGUCUUUCACAGGCCUGAAGGUACCUCCAAUGCAUUGGUGUUUAUCCAUGGAGGUGCUUGGAUAGAUAAGAACAAUACUGCUAACGAUUUUAAGGAGCUUAGUGAUUUGAUGAUUGAGACUGGUACAGUCGAUUACGUAUUAGCUAGUAUUGACUACCGGUUGUCACCAGAAGUGCAACAUCCAGUUCAUUUACAGGAUGUGGUUGAGAAUCUGUACAGGAUGAUUCAAGAAUUAAAGCUAACUUCGAUUCAACUUCUGGGUCACUCUGUCGGGGCAACUUUGGCGUGGCAGGUAUCUGUCUCAGACGAGAACCUUUUCCCAUCGCCAGAUAAAUUACAACUGGUCAAGUCAAAGCUUGUGGGGGUCUUCUUGGUCGAUGGGAUUUACUCCUUGACGGAACUACUGGAUGAGUACCCAAGUUACGACUAUUUUGUCUCCCAAGCUUACAAGGAUUUCUCCCGUGAUUUCGAGGAAUUCGAUCGAUCAAUAAACAGAAUACCAUCAAAUCUCAAGACCAUUCACCUUCUUCACUCGUAUCGCGAUGAACUUUUAACGCUUCGUCAAACAAAUUACAUGUCAUCAUUACUUCAAAAAGCCGCAAUACCGUUUACUUUAUGUUUCAAUGAUAUGGGAAGUCAUGAAGAAGUUUACAGGAAUGCAAAAUUGGCGAACUAUUUAUUAAGUAAUGUUGUCUUCACUUGA